CUUUCCCCUCAAACAUCUCCAGCACACCACCGCCAACAUGAAGAUCCUCACGAAAGAAGAAGAGUCCGCUCACUACAAAGCCACCUUGACGGGUGGUUUGAUGGGAGGAGCAGCGGGCACAGGUCUCGGCGCACUGGGUGUAUAUGCCGCCUCAGCACGAUACCCAGCAUUUCGAGGCCUCACACUGCCCUUUCGCGCAUUCUUGAUCGCCUCGACGGGUACCUUUGCAUCCAUCGUCGCCGCCGACUCCUACUCCCGCCGCUUCGAAGCCUCCAAACAACCUGGCCGAGACUACGCCGACGACCAGCAGAUUCUCCAAGACCAACUCGAUGCCAACCGAACGACCAAGCAGAAGACCAUGGCCUGGCUCCAAGACAACCGCUACAGCAUCGUGCUCGGCUCCUGGGUGGCGUCCAUCUCCCUCGCCAUGGGAAUCGUCGGCAAGAACCCCUACCUCACCACCCAGCAAAAACUCGUGCAAGCUCGUGUGUACGCCCAAGGUUUCACUCUCGCGGCCGUGAUUGUCAGUUUGGCGUUUGAAGGAGGCGAUCGCAUGAAGGGUUCUGGACGCUGGGAGACGGUCAAGAUUUUGGAUCCGAAUGACCCGACGCAUAAGAAUAUGAUUGAGAAGAAGAUCCACCACGAGAAAUACGCGGGUGAGGAUCAGUGGAUGGAUAUGGUGGAGGCGGAGGAGAAGAGGAUCAAGGAGCGGGAGGCGGCGGUCAAGGAGAGGGAGGCGGAGAAUGAGAAGAAGAAUGGGAAUGGCAAGGGAAAGGGGAAGGAGACCCAUCACAAGAAAGAGAAGACUGAGCAUUUGGACAAAGGCAACCCCGAGGAGGCCAAAGAUAAAAAGGUCAAUGCUCCUUGA